AUGGAAGCAUCCCUUGAACAACACCAACUCUCUUUAGGCUCAAGGGAACACACCAAUUAUAUCAUCAAAGGGAAAGGAAGCAAAUUGGUUAUUAGAGGAACAGGAGCAAGAGCAUGUUACUACAAUGUGUAUGAAUGCACAACAUGUAACAAAGUUUUCUCUAAAUUCCAAGCACUUGGUGGCCAUAUAACAAGUCACAAGAAGCUUAAUGCAUUGGAAAUUGCUCAUGAUGAUGGUAACAACAACAGAUACAAGCUUCAUGAGUGCACCAUUUGUGGAUCUGAAUACACAACUGGACAAGCCCUUGGUGGACAUAUGACGUGCCACCGUGCACCGGUCAGGUCCGCAACCUCCUUAAAACCAAUGGCUUUGAAACCUUAUAAACCUAGAAAGAAAAGGCAUGUCUUGCCUUUAAAUUUUGAUCUCAACCUUCCAGCUGCACCUGGAGAUGAGAAAAGAGAAUCCAAGUUUGCCUUUGCAAGAAUAAACAAGUCUUGUCUUAUCUGCAUUGGCCUUGGUGAAUUUUCAUUACCGUAA